AUUGAGGUAUAAGAAUCAUCCCUUCCAAUCCCUCUCUUCCUAGUUCCUACCCAUCAAAUCCGUCACUAUUUCUCCUUCUUCCGUCACUAUUUCAAUUCUCCCGUCACUAUAAACUCACACGCUCCUCAUAACUUCGUCACAUAUGAAUAACACAUACACGACGCUUUAAUCUCCUACACCACCGGAAAAAAAAAUGGAAACCGGCGGCCCACCAGAGCCAAAACCGUCACCGUUAACCCGACUCAACACGUUCGUCGCUAAAACCCGAGUCGGAAAACGAUUCAAACUCACCGAACGUAACACCACCUUCACUACCGAGCUCCGCGCGGGCACCGCCACGUUCCUCACCAUGGCCUACAUCCUCGCCGUCAACGCCAGCAUCCUCUCCGACUCCGGUGGCCCAUGCUCCGUCGCUAACUGCAUCCCACUCUGCUCCGAUGCAUCCGUUUCCGUCGCUAAUUGCACCGGUCCAACUCAGCGAGUUAUCCAACCCGACGAGUCAUGCAAAUUCGCCCCGGUUAACCCGGGGUACACCGAGUGUUUAACAACUAUUAGAAAAGAUCUUAUUGUCGCCACCGUAGCAUCUUCGCUUAUUGGUUGUGUGAUCAUGGGCGUUUUCGCCAAUUUACCAUUGGCGUUGGCGCCUGGAAUGGGCGCCAACGCCUACUUCGCGUACACCGUGGUCGGCUUCCACGGCUCGGGUAACAUAUCUUACGAAAAUGCCCUCGCUGCGGUUUUCAUCGAAGGGUUAAUAUUUUUAUUAAUCUCCGCCGUCGGCUUACGAGCUCAGCUAGCCAAACUAAUCCCAAAGCCGGUCCGAAUAUCCUCCUCAGCCGGUAUCGGCUUAUUUCUCGCCUUCAUCGGGUUACAAAACAACCAAGGAAUCGGGUUAAUCGGGUUCAGCAGUUCCACUUUAAUAACCAUCGGCGCGUGUCCAGCCUCGUCCAGAGUGUCAGUCGCGCCGGUGGUUACUUUCCCGAACGGAACCGUCGCACUCCUCCCUGGCGGUUCCGUUUCGGGAGAUAUCAUGUGUUUACAUAACCGAAUGGAGAGCCCGACUUUCUGGCUCGGCGUGGUCGGGUUUGUGAUUAUCGCGUAUUGUUUGAUUAAAAAUGUAAAAGGCGCGAUGAUAUACGGCAUUGUGUUUGUUACGGCCGUAUCAUGGUUCCGUAAUACGGACGUAACGGCAUUUCCGAAAACUCCACAAGGAGACUCCGCGUACGAAUAUUUUAAAAAAGUUGUUGAUAUUCAUACAAUUCAGUCAACCGCGGGGGCAUUAAGUUUCUCCAAUAUCAACAAAGGGUAUUUUUGGGAAGCGUUAGUAACUUUUUUAUACGUAGAUAUUCUUGACACGACUGGAACACUAUAUUCAAUGGCAAGGUUUGCGGGAUUCGCGAACUCUAACGGUGAGUUUGAGGGUCAGUAUUUUGCUUUCAUGUCUGACGCGUCAUCGAUUGUGAUCGGGUCAUUGCUCGGGACGUCACCCGUGACGACGUUUAUCGAGUCGUCUACAGGGAUUAGGGAAGGUGGGAGGACGGGUAUGACGGCGUUAACCGUGGCGGGGUAUUUUAUGCUAGCGUUCUUUUUCACGCCGUUACUGGCGUCGAUACCCGCGUGGGCGGUGGGGCCGCCGUUGAUAUUAGUAGGAGUUUUGAUGAUGAGAUCGGUUGUGGAAAUUGAUUGGGAUGAUAUGAGGCAAGCGGUACCGGCGUUUAUAACGCUGUUAUUGAUGCCGUUAACGUAUUCGAUUGCGUAUGGGUUGAUUGGUGGGAUUGGGACGUAUAUUGUGUUGAAUUUUUAUGAUUGGGUUCAGGGGGUGUUAUGUAAAUAUGGGAUUGUUAAGGGGGGUAGGAGUAAUGAUACUGUUGUUAUUAAUGGUAGUGCAGGGGGUGAUGGGGUAGUUGUAGGGAAUGGUGUGAAUGGAAGUGAUAAAAGUGUUGAAGUUUAGUGGUUUUUUUUAUUAAUAUAUUAUAUUUGUUAUUUUGGCUUUUGAUUAGUAUGUAUUUUGAAUAUAAUGUCCAUUUUAGAAACUAUAUAUUGUCUUUUUCUCAUGUUAA